AUCAUGACCUGAGCCGAAGGCAGAAUCUGAACCCACUGAGCCACUCAGGUGCCCCAGACCAGUGACCUCUUAAGCCUGGGGCCUUUGUGUCUGUAUAAGGCCCCUCUCAGAGCCCCCCAGCCGACAGGACAUUGGUGACAUGUCCCACCAUCACAACGUGUGUGUCCCCACAGGCCUGGGGAGCAGUGGGGCCUGGAGGUCUCGGGUACCAUCCAUGGCUUGUGUUUCUCCCUCAGGACCUGUGGGCUCCAGCUUGAGGGUCUUAGCUCAGGGUGGCUGCUGCAUCCUUUGUGCCAACAAGGUGGGGACAGCCAGCGUCUGAGAAAGCUUGCUCAGGCCUUCGCUGAAGGAUGGCUUGCUGCCCUCCAUCUUGAGGGGUUUGGCUUGGUGCUUGCUGAGGAGCCUGCAUGUGACCUGACCUCUGGGUAGGGCGGGGCGCAGGGUCCCACAGAAAUCGGGGGCCGGUCUUGCUGCUGAGAGGCCACAUGAAGGUUGUGAGAGACGUGGAAGGUUCACGGCCCUCAGCCUGAGAGAAGGCAGUGGGGAGCUUGCCGUCCUCCAGGGUCGCUGUGUUUGGACAGCUGCCCAGCUCCAGUAUGACGAGAGAAGUCGGGCCCUGCUGGGAACCCAGCUCGGAAAUGGCGCAUGGGCACGGCCCAAGGCUGGGGGGGUCCACGUGAGCCCCGAGACUCCUGCGGGGGCUCAACGGACAGGGCGUGGGGUGCAGGCACGUCUCCCGGUGUGUGCUGGGGCUCCUGCACAGCGUCCAUGGAGACCAGCAGGGUGCCUGCGUCUGGUUUCCCUCAGCGCAGCAGCGAUCCACUUAGGUUUCUGUCGUUCCCCUCGCUAGCUUAGUAAGGAAAUCGAGGUUCCUCAGACUCCACGUGCACUGCUCUAAUUGUUAACGGGACCGUGUGUGUUUCCACGUGGUACACGUAGCAAGCUCUCACCGGUUUCCUUGGAAACAAGAACAAAGCCCUCACGUUCAGCCCUGCACCCCCUCGUGAGUGGUCCAGGAGGUCAGGCCUGUCUCCUCGCCCUGUUUUAGGGGGAAGUGUUGGCCAGCCUGGGGUGGGGGUGGGGCCGUGCCCACGUGAGAUGUGCCACUGGGGUCCCGCCAGCCUCUGUGAUCAAACCCAAGGCUGGGUGCUGGAGACUCCGUGAGGGCCCAACCCAUGGCCCCAUGGCCCUGGGCCGUGGAGGCGGCGGCAGCGGCGGAAGCACCCCUGGACCGAUACUCUCCCCUCUCUUGCAGCCCGCCCGGCAUGGUGGUCAAGGCCUUCUUCCCCACAUGCUGCGCCUCGGCCGACAGCGGCCUGCUGGUAGGACGGUGGGUCCCGGAGCAGAGCAGCGCCGUGGUCCUGGCCGUGGUGCACUUUCCCUUCAUCCCCAUCCAGGUGAAGGAGCUGCUGGCCCAGGUGCAUCAGGCUGGCCGCGUGGGGCUGGCUGUGCUGGGCACCUGGUGCCACCGACGCCAGGAUGCUGAGGAGCGCCUGGGGCCCUUCCUGGAGGGCCUGGGCGCCAUCUUCUCCCACGAGCCCUGGCUGCAGCUGUGCCGAGAGAGGACCAGUGGGGUCUGGAGCUGCAAGGCCAUCCGCCAGCAGGGGCCCGCCCGCCCUGGCGUCAAGGACCAGGUCAUGCUCGUGUUCUACGACCAGCGCCAGGUGCUGCUAUCCCAGCUGCACCCGCCCGCAGUGCUGCCCGACCGCCAGGCGGGGGACGCCACGGCCGGCGCCGAGGGCUUGGCUGCCGUCUUCGACACGGUGGCGCGCAGUGAGGUGCUCUUCCGGAGCGACCGCUUUGACGAGGGCCCUGUGCGGCUGAGCCACUGGCAGUCGGAGGGCGUGGAGGCGAGCAUCCUUGCGGAGCUGGCAAAGCGGGCCUCGGGGCCGGUCUGCCUGCUGCUGGCCUGCCUGCUGUCGCUCAUCUCAGCGGCCCGCACCUGCCGGGUGUUCAAGCUGCGGCCGCUGUCCUUCAUCUGGAGCAAGCUGUCUGUGUGUGGGCAGCUCGGGCACCGGCUGGAGCAGCUCGCGCUCGUCUUCAGCACCCAGAAGGCCGAGAGCCCCGCCCAGCUGAUGAGGAAAGCCAACGUGCUUGUCUCUGUGCUUCUCGAUGUGGCCCUCGGCCUUGCGCUGCUGUCCUGGCUUCAUGGGAAGGACCGCAUCGGGCAGCUGGCGGAGGCUCUCGUCCCUGUGGCUGAUCACGUGGCCGAGGCACUCCAGCACCUGCUGCAGUGGCUGAUGGGAGCGCCCGCUGGGCUGAAGAUGAACCGGGCGCUGGACCAGGUGCUGGGCCGCUUCUUCCUGUACCAUCUGCACCUGUGGAUUAGCUAUGUCCACCUCCUUUCCCCCUUCAUCGAGCACAUCCUGUGGCAUGUGGGCCUCUCGGCCUGCCUGGGGCUGACGGUCGCCCUGUCCACCCUGUCCGACAUCAUCGCCUUGCUCACCUUCCACAUCUACUGCUUCUACGUCUACGGGGCCAGGCUGUACUGCCUGAAGAUCUGCGGUCUGUCCUCGCUCUGGCGCCUCUUCCGGGGGAAGAAGUGGAACGUGCUGCGCCAGCGCGUGGACUCGUGCUCCUAUGACCUUGACCAGCUGUUCAUCGGGACUCUGCUCUUCACCGUCCUGCUCUUCCUGUUGCCCACCACAGCCCUGUACUACCUGGUGUUCACCUUGCUCCGGCUGCUGGUGGUGGCCGUGCAGGGCCUGAUCCAUCUGCUCGUGGACCUCGUCAACUCCCUGCCGCUCUACUCGCUUGGCCUCCGGCUCUGCCGGCCCUACAGGCUCGCGGCGGGCGUGAAGUUCCGAGUCCUGGAGCACGAGGCCGGCAGGCCCCUCCGCCUCCUGAUGCAGAUCAACCCCCUGCCUUACGGUCGUGUGGUGCACGCCUACCGCCUGCCCAGCUGCGGCUGCCACCCCACGCACUCCUGGGGCUCCCUGUGCCGCAAGCUGUUCUUCGGGGAGCUCAUCUACCCCUGGAGGCAGAGAGGGGACAAGCAGGACUGAGAGGCCCCGGUGGCCGGCCUGCCCAGCACCACUGUGUGGCCUCACUUGUGCCCCCAGUUGUUCGAGACCUCUGUGUCUCCUCCUGGCUCUGAGGUGGUGGAUAGGGGCGGCCGGCCAGGCCACCUGGCCUGUAAUCCGUCACUUGCGUGUCUGCCUCAGGAUCCCCCUCCUGACCUCUUCUGAUGGCACUGGCCACCCGGUACCCACCAGCCCCCCAAGCCCUGCCCAGCAGUCCCCCCACCCCUGAUCACACCCAGAGCCCCCGCCUCCGCCCACCAUGCCCACUCCCAGGGGGCGAUCUGGCGGGUCUCCCUGGUGCUCCCAGCAGCCCCACCCUGCCAUGGGGUAGAGGGACCCCUCCCCGGACGCACUCAGCAGUUCCUGAGGCUGACCCUCAAGCAUCUCCUUGCUUGGGGCUAUACUUCUAUGUCCCUGGCCGGAGCCAGCAGCCCCAAUGACACAGGGCCCUCUGGGAAGCUGGCUGGGCAGCAGUGCGCUCAGCCUGGAGCACACGGGGUUUGCAUUAUGCCCCCUGGGGAGACUGCUUUGCAGCAGAAGCUGCCCCCAGGGCUUUCAGGCCUCCCUGUGUGAAGCCAGUCCACAUGGGGUGCCCGGAACUGCCUCACUGAAGACUGAGCACCCGUCCACCUUCCCGUCCACCUUGCUGCCCUGCGCCCAUGCAGGAAGAGGCCCUCACUGGCUUCCUGCAGAAGCAGGCAGCUCCCGGGCAGACGUGUCUGUGGCCUCCUGCGUGCGGAGGGGGCGUCCUAGCAUUCAGGGCAUGGAGUCCAGCUGUGGGCGUGAGCCCCAGCAUGCCCAGGGGAGGCGGCCCGCGUGACCAGAUGGCAUCCUACGUGUUGAGACCUUUUGGAGCGGGAAAUGUUUGUAUGUAGCGUGCACUCUCUGACUGCGGGCCGCGGUCGGGAGCCCAUGGAGGCGGCCCCCGCCCAGCCCGGUGUCUCCUCUCAUGGGCCAGGUCUUAGCUCUGCCUUUUUCUGCAGUGACAAUAAAACCUCCCACCUGUUUGGAGUGCA